AUGCCAACUACCACAUUACCAACCGCUAGAUCCCAACAAUCUGGAACUAAACCAACAAACAACAAUUCAGUUAAUCCUUCUAUAAAAAGAGCUAUAUGGCUACCUUUCGUGUCUGCCAUAUCAAAAAAAUCUGUGGAUGCCGCUUCAAAAGCAAAUCAUAAAUUUGAUACUUCUAAUACCAACAACCAUCAUUUAAAUGAUAAUGAAAAAACAAAACGUCAAUUUCAUGAUUCAAAAUUAGACCUUUCUAAACCUGGAAAAAAUCUUUCUUCCAAUAAAGUUUGUUCGAGGUCAAACUCUAGUUCUAGUAUAUCGUCUUGUAACUCCUGUGCUACUAAUAAUACCGAUAAUACUUCUCCUUCGUCAACCUCAAAUUCUUCUCUCCGGUCCCUUAAUACCAUGGAAAUGAUGUUUGAUGAUGAUAAUAAUAAUAACAAUCCUGAAAUUACUAAUAAAAAUGGCCAUAUAAUAUCAAAAACCAAUAAUGAUAACGAACUCCUCGAUACUACUACCGAUGUCCCUCAAUCGUCUCAACAUCAUGCAAUAAAAUCUAGUGAAUUUGCAAAUAAGUCAAUAUUAUCAACUUCUACAAAAGUUACAAAAGUUAGACCCUCUAUUUCUUCCAUUAGUUGGGUGGAAGAAAUAACUGAAAAAAGCUUUGCUACCAUUUCAACUGAUACUCCUCAACUUGAUAGCCUUAUAAAUAAUGUCGUUGAUUCAAAUUCAUCUAGGUUAAAUGAUAAUAGUCAGUGUGAGACUUUACCAUCAACACAACCUUGUACUCGUAAAACAUCAACAAUUAAAAGUUUACAACGUAGGAUAAGCAAGAAAAAAGAUUCCGAAAAAAUUCAAGAUAACGUUACCAACAGCACCAAACUUAUGAUUAGAACUUUAAGCCUUUUAAAAUAUGAAAUCGAUGAAAAAAAAAUUAAAGAUUCUCCAAAAAAUUCUUCUGGUAGAUGUUCUCGGUCAAAAUCUUUUAAUGAAUUAUUAUAUAAAGAAAAUAAUCAAGUUGGUGAAGAUUCUAUUAAAGAUUUUUCAAAGAAAUUUAAUUUUCGUAAAAAACGUGGUUCUGUUGAUUCUAGGCCUAUUUCUUCUCCUGAUUCUUCUUUAAAGAGAAUCUUAGACUCUUCAACUUCUGAUUUCGAUAAUGUUGCUUUUGUAACUGGUACAAGUGAUAUUACGAUAUGUGAUUCUCCUACCACUGAAUCUCCUACCAUUACUACUUCUCAACAUAAAAGGUGCUCUUCAAAUAAUGAUUUAAAUGAUAAUAGUGAUAUUAGACGUAGUUGGACUCAUAUAGAAGUACAUCUUAGAGGCUUAUUAUUUUCAAGAAAACGUGCUCUUGAUGCAAAACGUAGAAAUUCUUAUGCUUAUACUAAUUCACUAAAAACGAAUCAACAACUUGUUGCUGAAUCUGAAAUUCGUAUUCAUCUUCAUAAAAAUAGAAAUUCAAAUGUUAGUGUUGAUGAAGAUACUGUUGUAGUAAAAGAUCCUCCGACUUUAACUUUACCUGCUGAUAUAUUUGCUCUUCAAGCCGAUGCUGAAAAAGAAACUGAUGCUGCGACUAGAUCAAGUCAAAUGAGAAAAUUUAUUGCUUGUGAAAUUUAUUCAACUGAACAAAGUUAUUUAGAACAUUUAAAAAAACUUAAAAAGAUAUUUAUGGAUCCAUUCAUCGAUGCUGCCGAACAGUCUAAUCCAUUAGUUAAUCCUGAUGACAUUAAAGCAAUCUUUGAUCAUGUAGAGGAUCUUAUACAAUUGUCUACUUUAAUUGUAGAAGAUCUUGAAAGUAGUAUGGAUCCAUGGCAAGAAUCUGAAUCCAUGGUUGGCGAAGUAUUUUUAAAAUACCGCUCUUAUUUCGAAGCAUUAUUACUGUAUGCAGAAAAUCAUCAACAAAGUAGGUCGGCAAUUAAACGUGCUAAUGAAAACGUUUUAUAUCGAAAGAUUUUACAGCUAAAGAGAUAUACACCAGAGUUUCAUAUGGAUUAUGACGAUCUAUGUCAUUCUGUAGAUAAUAUGAAAACUCUUGCUCUUCAAUGCGAUAAAGCUAUUCAACGACCGUGA